AUGGCUUCGAAAGCACUCCCCGCUCACCUUCGAGCUCCCGCCGAUGAGUCCAGUGGCUUUGGCAAGCACCAUGGCAAAUCGCAGUCCCAUAUGGCUUUCGAAAAUGCCUCCACCAGCGUGGCUGCUUCUCAGAUGCGCAAUGCUCUGAAUGCCCUCGCCGAUACCGUCACCGACCCUAACGAGAAGAAGCGUUUCGAAGCUGAGAUGGACAACUUCUUCGCCCUUUUCCGUCGCUUCCUGAACGACCGUGCCAAGGGCAACGCGGUCAACUGGGAGCGCAUUGCCCCUCCCCAGCCUUCACAGGUUGUCGGCUACGAUGAGCUCGGUGCUGAUGCCUCCGUUGAGUUCCUGAACAAGCUGGCUGUCGUCAAGCUCAACGGUGGUCUCGGUACCUCCAUGGGUUGUGUGGGCCCCAAGUCCGUGAUUGAGGUUCGUGAGGGCAUGUCCUUCCUCGAUCUUUCCGUGCGUCAGAUUGAGCACCUCAACCACAGCUUCGGUGUCAACGUCCCGUUCGUUCUCAUGAACUCCUUCAACACCGACCAGGAUACCCAGUCCAUCAUCAAGAAGUACGAGGGCCACAAUGUCGACAUCAUCACCUUCAACCAGUCUCGCUACCCCCGUAUCAACAAGGACUCCCUCCUCCCCGCCCCUAAGAGCUACGACUCUCCUCUCCAGGACUGGUAUCCUCCCGGUCACGGUGACGUGUUCGAGUCCCUCUACAACUCCGGCACCCUUGACAAGUUGAUUGAGCGUGGCAUUGAGUACAUUUUCCUUUCCAAUGCUGACAACUUGGGAGCCGUCGUGGAUCUCCGCAUCCUCCAGCACAUGGUGGACUCUCAGGCGGAGUACAUCAUGGAGUUGACCGACAAGACCAAGGCCGAUGUCAAGGGUGGUACCAUCAUUGACUCCGAUGGCAAGGUCCGCCUUCUUGAGAUUGCCCAGGUCCCCAAGGAGCACGUCAACGAGUUCAAGUCCAUCAAGAAGUUCAAGUACUUCAACACCAACAACAUCUGGCUCAACGUCCAGGCCAUCAAGCGCGUUGUGGAGGAGAACGAGCUGGAGAUGGAGAUUAUCCCCAACGAGAAGUCGAUUCCUGCGGACAAGAAGGGCGAGGCCGACCAGGCCAUCUACCAGCUGGAGACCGCCGUCGGUGCUGCUAUCCGUCACUUCAGGAACGCCCACGGUGUCAACUCUGACCUGUACCGCCUGGAGCACGGCCAGCUCGUCAUGGACCCCAACCGUUUCGGUGGCGUCCCCGUUAUCAAGCUUGGCUCUGACUUCAAGAAGGUCUCCGACUUCCAGAAGCGCAUCGCCAGCAUUCCCCGCAUUGUCGAACUCGACCACCUAACCAUUACCGGUGCCGUCAACCUUGGCCGUAACGUCACCCUCAAGGGAACGGUCAUUAUUGUUGCCACCGAGGGCAGCACCAUUGAUAUCCCCCCCCGGCUCCGUGCUUGA